AUGGGAAACUCACAAGUGGCUAAAGUAGUAACAGAUAGUAGUGAUAAAUUACAAGCUGUAGCUGUUUUACACGAUCAACAAAACGGCGUUCAAGGUUAUGUUGACUUUUCUCAAAGCGCCGAUGGUACUGUCACUAUCAGUGGUGAAAUAAAAGGUAUACCAGAUAAAAGUAAACGCGGAUUUCACAUUCAUGAAUUCGGUGAUACAACAAAUGGAUGCACUUCAGCUGGAGCACAUUUUAAUCCCGAUAAAAAUGAUCAUGCUGGACCACAAGAUAAGUUACGUCAUGUGGGUGAUUUGGGUAAUAUUGAAGGUGGUAGUGGAAAUGUGGCUAAAUUUUCUUUUAAAGAUUCUAUCAUUAAAUUAAAUGGAUCAAAUUCAAUUGUUGGAAGGUGUGUGGUCUUGCACGAAAAAGAAGAUGAUCUUGGAAAGGGUGGCAAUAGUGAAAGUUUGAAAACAGGAAACGCUGGUGGUCGUGUAGCAUGCGGAGUUAUUGGUGUAAAAAAAUGA